AUGGCAGGCCCCGAGGAAGGGCUCGUUGGUGGCAGUGGGCCUCGUCCCCAUAAGGCCAUGAGCGAUGCUCCUCCAAGUCCUCAAAACACGUGCCGGCAAUACUGGAUCAAUGAGUUCACUACCUCUCUGGGAAUUGGAGUCUUUCACUCAGGAAUUGAGAUCUAUGGCAGAGAGUUUGCCUAUGGAGGACAUCCUUAUCCUUUUUCAGGUAUUUUUGAGAUAACGCCUGGUGACGCCACUGAACUGGGAGAGACAUUCAAAUUCAAAGAGGCCAUUGUUUUAGGGAGUACAGACUUCACAGAAGAGGAUGUGGAGAAAAUUGUGGAGGAAAUGGGGAAGGAAUAUAAGGGGAAUGCCUAUCACCUUAUGCAUAAGAACUGCAAUCACUUUUCCUCAGCACUAUCAGAGAUCCUCUGUGGUCUAGAGAUCCCACGCUGGGUGAACCGACUGGCCUACUUCAGCUCUUGUGUGCCCUUCCUUCAGAGCUGCCUACCAAAGGAGUGGUUGACGCCGGCCGCACUGCAGUCCAGUGUUAGUCAGGAGCUCCAGGGAGAGCUGGAGGAGGCCGAAGAUGCUGCAGCCUCUGCCUCGACGCCUUCCUGCGCUGUGGCACCCGCUCCCAGACCUACCCGACACCAACCACGCCGAUGAACCCUGCUGCCUUGAGUGACAGGCCAUCUCUGGUUUGCUGCCAAUAGAGCCAUCACCCCCUCUCCUGAGAGACUAGCAAUUCACCAGCGGACUAGAUGAAACCCACCUUCUGUGUUCACUGAUUUAUUUCAGUAUGCUCAAGUGACCGUUGCAGGCCUGGAAACUAUCAAUCGUGUUUACUGUAAAACCUUCUAUGGUUUGUCAGUGUUUUGAAUUAUGUUUUGGCCUUUUAUGUUUUGUUUUAAAAACUCAGGACUUGAAUACACAAUGGCUCUGUUUAUUCACUGUUUUUUGUAUUUGAUUUUUUUUUAUGAUUUUCUUAUGCUGGAGUUGCUCACUAGCCUUUUUCCCCUUAUUUCUACAGAAAGCGCUUAGUCAGUGAAUAUGAGAAAUUUUUUUAUUGAGAACAUUUGUUUACAAGUUUCUUGCGUUCCAAUCCGUGUAUGAUUGUGCUGUUGUGUGCGGGUUAUGCCAAAUCUCCACACUUUUGUAAUGACAUCCCACACUUUGGUGCCUGAAGAUUUUUACCGUUACGUGCUCGGAGAGCUCUGCACUCUUUCUCUACAGAUCUCUACCUGUUCAGUCUGCUUUGAGUGGCAGACUUCUUAUCCUAUGAGACCUUCCUCAGAUAUUUUACACCUUUUUCGUUUUUAGAGUCUUAUAUGUACUUGAGACAACAUUUGUAUUCCAUUUUAUGAUUAUUAAAGAAAAUAUAC